AUGGCUAUACGCAUUGUGCAUAGUGACAUGCACCUACGUAAAGCUCUUAGUAAAACCGAAACCGACAUCACGAUCAACUCUUGCUCCUCAACGUCUACCGCGUCCAGCUAUGAAGUCACCCAAGGCGUCAUCACGUGCAGCGAGUCCUCCAAAGACAUAGAGUUUCUCCACAGUCGCAAAGGGCUUUCUCGAAGAAUCCCCAGGCGCUCAAUUGAUCCAACUUCGACGGUUCGAAAGCUCAAACCAUCCGAGACCCGACACGCAUCGCUGUGCUUGGCAGAAGCUUUCAUUGACGACGAUACUGCCCGCUACUUCACGCACACUCCGGACCGCGCGUCUUGCUCUGAUCAAGACCAAUGGAAUUUGCAUGUCUUUAUUAUGGAGCAGUUAGUUAGAGCGCAUAUUGUGUGCGGACUCGCCACCGUCAUUGGCGACAAUUAUGACUCUGUCGCGCUUUGGAUGCCCCCUGGUAAAACGAUGGACGGCCUCAAAUCCAGAAUGCAUAAAGUGCUGCGCAAAUGCGACUUCGAAGGCAAGCUUUCCGAAGAAGGCAUGACUCGCUUUUUCGACGACUUUUUCCCCAAGCUUCACGAAACCAAGCACGAGAUCCUCGGCAGCAAGUGUGAUGCCAAUUCGUGGUACUUGGUAUAUGUGGGCACGAAGAUUGGUAGUAGGAAGAGGGGGUAUGCAAGAAAGCUUAUACAGCAUACACUAGACAAGGCAGAUAAGCAAAAGGUCCCAUGCUAUCUUGAGAGUAGUAAUGAAGCGAACACGAAACUGUAUAAUAGCCUUGGCUUUGUCCAUAUGAGAGACAUCGAACUCACGAGGGCUGAAGAGCCGGUCAAAUUGGAUAUCAUGACGCGCCAACCAGUCAAAACAAAAUCUAAUCGAUCCAAGGCCGCGAGGGGGUGA